GGAGAUAAGAAAAGUGUAUGUCGCAGUUUGGGUUUGCGAGGGAGAUUGCACACCAAAGCUAACUAUACAAACCAAAGACGACGAGAUUAUCAGGUUUUGUGAUAGGAAAUUGAUGCAGAUGGACUGAGAGGAAAACAGUCAUGAAUUUCAAUCGCAUGCCCCUUCAUCCCCCAUUCCAUCCUCCCUCACACCUUCCUCCAAAUGCGGGGCCCCCAAACAUGCCCCCUAAUCCUGGGCACAUGCCACAGGGUAUGCCCCCCGGGCCUAUGCCCCCUCCACACCUACCCCCACACAUUGGCGGAGCAGAGCUCGGGCGAGGUGAUGGGAUGCCAAUGCAGGGCCAUUUUCCAAAUCAGCCACAGGAGAUGUUCCCUGGGGGACCUGAGCUGAUACAGGAAUACGUGGAGACAAACAAAAUAAUUGUAGACGGGGGCGAUAGAUAUGGGGUGUCCACCCUCUGCUAUGAUAGUCAGGAACUUCUAUGGACGGGAAAUCAAGGGGGUCAUGUGACAUCAUAUUUCGGCCUUGAGCUACAGAAGUACACAUCCUUCCAAGUUCACAUGAAUGAAGAUGUCCGGCAGAUUGUACCACUGGCCCGUGGAGUUCUCUCCCUUACCCAGAGUUGCCUGGCCUGUAACAACAGAAGGGGGAUUCCCCUCUUUACAUAUAGGGCACCAAAUAUGCAGAACAUGCAGUGUAUGAUGAUGACUGGCCCAUCCUCUGUGAUUAUUGGGGGUCACCAGACCAAGGUCAUCGAGCUGGAGGUCGAACACAAGGAGGUCAUCCGAGAGGUUGAUAUACCUGAGCCAGGCUGUGCUAUUUUAAGAGGUACCAACAAGUACAUAUGUGCAGGGGAUACAGCAGGGAAGAUAACCUUGUUUGACCAUUCCACCAUGAAGCCGGAGCAUGUGUUGGAUGCCCACACUGGGACACUGUCCGACUUCGACCUUCAGGGCAACAUGUUGGUGACUUGUGGAUUCUCCACUAGACACACUAACUUGACGGCGGACAGGUUCCUGAUGGUGUAUGACCUGCGUGUGAUGAGGGCCAUGGCCCCCAUACAGGUCAUCAUUGACCCCAUGUUCCUGAGGUUCAUACAUACCUCCCCCAACAAAAUGGUCAUCACAUCUCAGGCGGGGCAGUUCCAGGUGAUAGAGACUACAGCCAUGACACCCUCCGCUAUGGGUGUCUACCCAAUUAAUACCCACGGUAAUCCGCUCCUGAGCUUCGACAUCAGUCACAGCUGCCAAACCCUGGCCUUUGGAGACCAAGGAGGUUGCCUCCAUUUGUACAGCGGUGUAGAACAUCCCUGUUUCAACCAGUACCCAGAACAGACAGACUUCCCUGAUCCGAUUGACCCAAUUCAGCCGAUCCAUGUCACGGAUGAGUACACACCAUACUCCAUCAUCCCCAUGAUGUACCCGACAAACGGAACGCUGCUCUCUGAUUGGCCAGAUUUUCUCUCUCAAAGAACGUACAGGAAACCCAAACCUGUGGAUGCAGACAUUUUAAGGUCCAUGAAGAUGCAACAUAAUGUGGGCUAUGCCAAAAACCUGGGCAAAGAGAAACGGAACCAGAUUCCUUACGUCCAGGUCAACGAGAAAUCAAAGAAGGGCAAAGGGGCUGUACCGGAGUCUCCCAUUGGCAGAGUUGAUGACCCAUUCAUCAAAGUACCAAAGCGCUAUAGGAAGGUCGACCUGAAGUACUCUAAGCUGGGGCUGGAGGACUUUGACUUCAGACAUUACAACAAGACCCACUUUGCUGGGCUUGAGACAGAUAUUCCCAAUGCCUACUGCAACUGUAUGCUCCAGGUGCUGUACUACAUUGAGCCGCUGCGCUGUAUCCUGUUGAGUCACCUGUGUGAGCGCGAGUUCUGUCUCGCCUGUGAGCUUGGGUUCUUGUUCUACAUGUUAGACAACCAAAAAGGACAGACCUGCCAGGCCAGCAACUUUUUGAGGGCCUUCCGCACGAUUCCUGAGGCCUCGGCCUUGAGCCUCAUUCUGGCAGAGAAUGAAGAAAACGACCCAAGAAUCAACUUGUCGCGGCUGAUUCAGAGCUGGCAGAGAUUUUUGUUCCAACAGGUCCACGCUGAACUCUGUAACAAAAGCCAACCUGUGAAAGAAGCCAAAAGCGAGGAGAAUUUAAGCAAGACCUCGGACAAUAGUCUGACCAAAUCAGAGGAGGAGAAUCUGGCAGAACAGCUGUCUGAAACCAGCCUCAAAACGGGGGAGGAUGAGGGACAGAAGUCGGAGGACAAGUCCUCAGAGAACACACCUCCCAAGUCCAGGAAGAAGAAGAAGAAGAAGGGGAAGAAGAAGGGGAAGGACCACCAGGAGGAGGAGAAGGCCGAGAGGGACGGAGAUGGGGACAAAGGGUCGGAAACUCCGGACGACGAGGGGAAGGAUGGAGACAAGGACGGAGACAAGUCCGAGGAUGGGGGACCACCGGAAAAUCCUCCCACUGAAAAGGUUGAGGAAAAGUCUGCAAUCUCAGAAAUCUUGGGAUUUAAGAUUGUGACGACUUUGAGAUGUCGAUGUGGACAGGAGACUCAGAGGCAGUCCGACACUAACAUCAUCAACCUCAGCUACCCCGACUGUAACCCUCCAGGUAACACAAGACCUCCAUUUGAGGUGCCAUUCUGUGAUGUUCUCAAAAACACACUGACUGCUGAACAAAACAUGCAGACCUGGUGUAAUGUGUGUGAUCGGUAUCAACCUCAUACCCAGAUAAAGACAAUCCAGCACAUCCCAGAUGUGGUGGCUGUGAACUGUCACAUAGAGAACGCGCGGGAUUACGAGUUCUGGAGAAUCCAGCACAUGAUCCUAAAGCAGCGUAAGGAGGAGAUAAACGAGUCGUCUCAGGGAACCUUCAUUAAUGCCCCUGGUGGUAACCCUGUUAUGUGUCGCUAUGGCAAUGGCUGCCGCAGGAGUGGUUGUAAAUUCAGGCACGAGAGGGACCUUCUUGAACCGGCCGCACACAACUAUGACGAGGACAUAGACUGUCAGUGGAUCCCACUUGGAUUGAUGAUGGAUCUCCAUCCGGACGGGACUCUCAAUGUGGAGGAGUAUCCAGAUGAGCAAGCAGUGCCAAGAGACCCACCCCCCACCAUGAAAUACUACGAGGUGUUGGCGGUGGUGUACAACAUCAAGGACGAGAAGACGGCGGGAAAUCUGGUGGCGUGCAUCAACGUGGGCGAGACCUACCACCAGCGGAAGGAGAAGGUCACCUGUACACAGUGGUACCUGUUCAAUGACUUCUCCAUCCUGCCCAUUGAGAAGCAUGAAGCCUGUGCAGUCAAUCUGGACUGGAAGGUUCCCUGUACCAUCUACUUCAAGAGGAGACACCUGACCAAGUUCCAUGACCUUACAGUGACAAACCCCAUAACUGUCAAAGUGCUGAAAGAAGACUUUGGAUUGGUCAAUCCAGCCAACAGGAAGGUGACCUUUGAACCCCUGACAGAGGAGGAGCUUCCCAAGGAAGGGGAUGUUGUGGCCUUGGAUGCAGAAUUUGUCUCACUUAAUCAGGAAGAAUCAGAACUCCGCAGUGACGGAACUCGCUCCAUGAUCAAACCCUCCCACUUGACCUGUGCCAGAAUGACCUGUCUCAGAGGAAAAGGAGAAAAGAAGGGAACAGCCUUUAUAGAUGACUAUAUCUCGACCCAAGAACAGGUGGUGGACUACCUGACCCAGUGGUCAGGAAUCAGCCCUGGUGACCUCAAUCCCGAGCUGUCCACCAAAAACCUGACCACCCUCAAGUCGACUUACGUCAAGCUCCGCUAUUUGGUGGACAACAAGGUCGUGUUUGUGGGUCACGGCCUGAAGAAGGACUUCAGGGUCAUCAACAUCACUGUGCCUAAGGAUCAGAUCGUAGACACUGUGCAGCUAUUCUACAUCCCCAGACAGAGGAUGAUCUCACUCAAGUACCUGGCUUGGUAUUUCCUGAAAACAAACAUUCAGUCGUCCACCCAUGACUCUGUAGAGGACGCCAACACGGCGCUACAGUUGUACGACAAAUACCAGGAGAUAGCCGCAGAGGGCAGCGACAAAAUACGGGCCGCCAUUAAAGAGAUGUACGAGGUGGGCCGCAAAGACCAGUGGAAAAUUCCUGACGUGGAGGAGCUGGAAAAUCCGCUGGACAUGUUGCAGUUUCCCGGAAACAACAACUAGGAGUGAACCUGAUUUUUCGGAGAUUUUCAUACUAACUUAAAAGACAGCCUUUUUUUUGUUUGUUGUAAUUGAAAAAUAAAACACGGUAGCUGGUGUGUAAACAAUAUAGAGUUAGGAAAUCUGUACCAAAAAAAAAAAUUGAGUCCUUGUCUGUUUUUUUUUGAAAAACAUGUAAAUUUUUGUCUGUGAACUGGGGUAAAUAAGGGUUUCAGUGAUCAAAGGAGAUCAAAGCAUUGUUAUGUCCAGAAUUGUGUUACAAUGUAGCUUAGGGAAACGGUAUAUGCAGUUAAAAUUAUCAAUUGAUCAUCAAAAAACAUUUGAUUUUUACAGUUAUGUGCUAAGUAACUUUUGGCCUUAAACUUGGAAAGUUGACAAGUUUUGAAAAAUCUACCCAAGAAGGUUUUGAAAGAAUAUGGAUUAUUUGUGUUUUGGGGUUUUUUGAUUUGUGGGUUUCUUUUACAUGUAAUUAACAAGAUUUAAUGAAAUAGCCUGACAAUUUGUUUUUCAUGACCUAGGUUCACACCUCUCAGGAAACCAUGAAUCUCGAAGGCCAUUUUGAUUAAUUUUAUAACAACUGUUUGAUAACAAUUCAGAAAAUAAAUACUGAGAAAAUAAUAUUUCAUUUACAUCUAUCGCGUGUACCUUAAUUUUUUUUUUUAAAUCAUUGCUCAAUAACUUAUAAUUUUGAUAUCAUGGAAUUUUAGAUAAAAAUUAUGAUAGCAAUCAUUUUUGUAAGCAUUUUAUUAAAUAAAAAAAUCCCACAUUUAAAUCAUUUAUAGACCUUUGAUCUCAAAUAUUUGAAUAUAUCUAGGCAGAACUCAAAUAUUUUUUUUUUUUAAAAAGACUUUUGAGUUUGAUAAACAUUUCUUACCUAAAGACACAAGAUAAUUGGAUUUUUUUUCAAGGGUUUGUUUUUCUUUUGAAGCCAAUUUAUGAAUUUCAUCAAGAUUUCAUCUAAAAACAAAUGCAUAUCCAUAUUCUGUUUUUAAAAAAGAAUUAACAAAUGAAGGAUUGUAUCAAUCUCGAGGAAGGAAAAUUUCUUGCUGUUUCUAUUUAUUUUUAUACUUUAGGGAAUAAUUACAUAUUGGGAAUACAUAGCUAUACCCAAUGUUUUUAUAUUAACACAUCAAGGAGAUUCAGCUUAUUGCAGCUAUUCCAUUAACUUUUUUUUGACGUUUUAUUUAUGUUGGAGGUUCAUUGAUUGAUAUUGUUGCAUGUAAUGUAUGGCUUCGUGUUGUUGACAUUAUAAUAGAAUUGUGUUUAUUUUAUUAGACAGAUUGUCAUUUCAUAAUUAAUAUUAUUAAGUUGUACUUCACUGUUUUUUAGUUCAUAUAUAGAUCUCUGAAGGAAUAUAAAUAAAAUAUCAGAUACACGUA